UUAUCACAGACACAUGUAUCUGUUUAACAGUAUCAGACUGAGAAAGAGGCAGUGUUAGAGCAAGGUGGACCCGUUGUUCCUAAGCAAGAUCCUUCUCCCUUCUCAAAAUUGCCGACUUCCUGAUUUUUUGCAUUUAUGUAAAUCAAGUGGAUUUGCAAUAAAUGCGCUAGCAGACGUAUAUAUUUCUUCUCUACCUGGAUUUUCCCUCCUCUUUCACAGAACUGUAUUGAACUCUCCUACUUGACUGUCUCAUAGGAACCUCAGAUUGCUAAAAUUACAUGUGUUGGUGCACUUUCCGUCCACAUGUGCGUCACCUCAUGUAUGAUUACAUCCUGUUAGGUAAAACUGAGUCACCGUCCACUCAGGUACUCAGCCCCUGGCAAGUAUGAGGAAAGGAUUUCACAGAACUUGUAGCGAAAAUUCCGCUUGCCAUUGCUGUAGGCUGUGGAGGCUUGAGGAAGCAGCCGGAAGGGCAGAAAGAGACCAUCAAAGAAGACAUGGCUCCCAGAGAAGAGAAUAUGAAGAGUGCAAAUAGGGUGCUAAGAAUAAGUCAGCUGGAUGCACUUGAACUAAACAAGGCCCUGGAGCAGCUAGUUUGGUCCCAGUUUACUCAGUGCUUUCAUGGGUUUAAACCAGGGCUCUUAGCCCACUUUGAGCCCGAAGUGAAAGCAUUACUGUGGCUUUUCCUGUGGAGGUUCACCAUCUACUCCAAAAAUGCCACUGUGGGGCAGUCAGUUUUGAAUAUUCAGUACAAAAAUGACUUUUCCCCAAAUCUGAAAUACCUGCCACCAAGUAAAAAUCAGAAGCUGUGGUACGCUGUUUGUACGAUUGGGGGGAGGUGGUUAGAAGAACGAUGCUACGAUUUGUUUCGAAACCGUCACUUAGCAUCAUUCAAAAAAGUCAAGCAGUCUCUGAAUUUUGUGGUUGGACUUUUGAAAUUAGGUGAACUGAUCAAUUUUUUGGUUUUUCUCCAAAGGGGUAAAUUUGCAACUUUGACAGAACGACUCAUAGGGAUUCGUUCUGUGUUUUGCAAACCCCAAAAUGUCCGAGAAGUUGGCUUUGAGUAUAUGAAUAGAGAACUCCUCUGGCAUGGUUUUGCUGAAUUUCUGAUUUUUCUUUUACCACUUAUCAAUAUCCAGAAGUUGAAAGCCAAGUUAUCUUCAUGGUGCAUCCCUCUUACUGGUACUCCUAACGGUGACAACACACUAGCCGCCAAUGGCAAAGAAUGUUCCCUGUGUGGAGAGUGGCCCACCAUGCCUCACACCAUAGGAUGUGAGCAUGUCUUCUGUUAUUACUGUGCUAAGAGCAGUUUCUUAUUUGACAUGUACUUCACUUGUCCUAAAUGUGGAACAGAGGUUCACAGUGUUCAGCCAUUGAAAUCAGGAAUUGAGAUGUCUGAAGUGAAUGCUCUUUAAAUACUAAAAUUGGUUCCUCAGAGGAAAAAACAUUGUUAAAUCUGUAAUGUUAGUCAUCUUAAAUGUGCCAUUUAAUUGUCUUUUAUAAAGCAUGCGUUUAGCCACUGUCCUCUGUUCCCUUUCAAACAUGACUAAAUUGUGAUAACUAUCUCAUGAUUCUAUGUUAAUGUAUUUUUAAGUCAUUACAUUCAAUUUUCAGUGUCAAUAAUAAUAAUGGACAGUUUUGUCAAAUGACUACUAAGAAUGCUCUUUCAUUUUGCUACUUCCUAGAAAGCAAUUGAACUCUAGAAAUAAAAGAUUUUGGAGA